AUGGCUCAAGUAGCGUGGCGGAUGAGUGCAAAGACUCAAGUCUUUUCGAGGUCCCAAUGGCCGCGGCUAACAAAGCAGCUAGGUCAGUACGGUUACCUCGCAUACAGUAUGCCUGCCAUGUGUUGGAAACUUCUUCGUGUCGAAGCUUUGUGACUCCAAGACCGUACGGUUUGCAGGUACGCCAUCUCAGCUCAGCAGGAUUGACCGGUCUGAGGGCAACAUUUGCUCGCUUGGCUGCAGAACGCCUCGGAAUGCCAGCAGAGGCUCCUUCUGCAACUGCCUCUGCUACAGUUGGGAAUGCCCCAGCAGCAGUAAGUGUUGGAGAGGGCCGCACUGAACGACGUGUGCCGGUAUCUUUCGUUCGGCAGCGGGUGAUGAAGAGGCUCAAGGAGACGCAGAAUACUGCUGCUCAGCUUUCCACUUUCCAGGAGGUUGACAUGACAGAGUCUUUGAAGCUCCGUUCCAAAUACAAGGACUUGUUCCUGAAAAUGCAUGGUUCACAGCUGGGUUUGCUCUCUCUGAUUGCCAAAGCUACUUGCUUGGCUAUUGCAGAGGUGCCUGGAGUGAAUGCCAUCAUUGAUGAUGGGACAAAGGAAACAGUUAUGCGUGAUUAUGUCGACAUCAGCAUUCCCAUUCCAAGCCCGCGAGGGAUCAUCUCAUGUACACUAAAAGAUGCUCAGAGCAUGACUGUUCGAGAUCUUGAGCAUGAAAUUGCUGCGCUCUCGGAUCGCGCUGGCAGAGAUGAACUUUCCGUCUCAGACCUGAGCCACUCCACGUUUGGCAUUGUGGACACUGGUGUGGCUGGCAGCAUGCUGGGCACUGGAAUCAUAAACUAUCCUCAAAGUGCUUCGAUGGGUACAAAUGCAGUGAAGCGCCGGGUGGCAGUAGUGAAUGGAAAAGUGGAAGCCCGACCAAUUAUGUACACAGCCUUGAACUACGAUCACCGCCUCAUAGAUGGUCGUGAAGCCGUGACCUUCCUGUGUUCGGUGCGUGACAAAUUGGAGGAUCCGUCACGGAUGCUGCUGGACCUGUGAUCUGAUUUGCAGCCGGGGUAUACAAAUGUAUACGGCAAACAGUCAAUGAGUGCAACGUUUGGGACACGGAAGUAGUGUGAUG